AUGAUAUCACGAACAUUGAGUAUUAUUGAUUAUAUUGUUCUUGUUAUACUUCUUGCAUCAUCGGCUGUUAUUGGACUUAUAUUUGGAGUUUUUAAAUCAAAAAAAAAUUCGGCUAAAGAAUUUCUUCUCGCUGAUGGUACUAUGGGAAUAUUUCCAACUGCUCUUAGUAUUUUAGUAUCGUUUGUCUCUGCUAUUGGAUUAUUAGGAGUACCGACUGAAAUCUAUGUUUAUGGAACAAUGUAUGGUUAUCAAGUUAUAUCAGGAAUUUUAGCUUCAACAAUAACAGCAUUAAUAUUCAUGCCAAAAUUUCGUAAAAUGAAAUUUACAAGUAUUUAUGAAUAUUUAGAAAUACGUUUUGAUCGAAGAGUACGAAUGUGUGUAGUAUUUGCAUAUUCAUUUCUAAUGUUGCUCUAUAUGGCGAUUGUUUUAUAUGCUCCGGCAUCAGCAUUAAGUCAAACUACUGGUUUAAAUAUUUGGCUUUCAAUCAUUUCAAUGGGUGCAAUUUGUACAUUUUAUUCAUCAAUUGGUGGUAUGAAAGCAGUCAUAUGGACAGAUGUUUUACAAGCAAUAGUCAUUCUUGUCGGUUUUCUUGCUUUUAUUAUACAAGGUUUUAUAGUACUUGGUGGUGUUAAAAGAACAUUUUCAAUAGCAGCAAAAGGGGGUCGAUUAGAAUUUGAUAGUGUAAGUUUUCAUCCUCAUGCUCGUCAUACGAUUUGGUCAUUAGUUCUUGGUGGUGGUCUUAGUUCUAUAUCAACUUAUAGUUUUAAUCAAAUUCAAGUUCAACGUUAUAUGUGUGUACGUACAACACGUGAUGCUCAAAAAGCAUUAUUAAUAAAUACAAUUGGUCAUACAUUUGUUGUUAUAUCAUGUUGUACUAUUGGAAUUAUUCUUUAUGCAUAUUAUGUUGAUUGUGAUCCAUAUACAGCUAAAUAUAUUUCAAGUAUAGAUCAAUUAUAUCCAUAUUUUGUUAUGGAAGUAUUUAGUGAUAAAAAAGGUUUACCUGGAAUAUUUCUUGCUUGUAUUUUUUCUGGUUCAUUAUCAACAAUAUCAUCUGGUUUAAAUAGUCUUGCAGCUGUUUUUAUUGAAGAUCUUUAUAAAGGUUUAAUAGGAAAGCAAAUAAGUGAUGAAAGACAAGGUUUUAUAUCAAAACUUUUAUCAAUUCUAUUAGGAAUUAUAGUUAUGUUAUUAGCAUAUGUUGUAAGUUAUCUUGGAUCAAUACUUACUAUUGCAAUAUCAUUAUUUGGUGCUUUAUCUGGUCCAAUAAUGGGUGUUUUUUUUCUUGGAUUAUUUUUUCCACAAGCCAAUAAUCAUGGUGGUUUUAUUGGCUUUUUAAUAAGUAUUUUCAUACAAUUAUGGCUUCUUCUAGGAGCACAAUUAACUAAAAAUCAAAUGAAAAAUGUACGUUUACCAUUAUCAGUUGCUAAUUGUCCUGUACCAGUUAAUAUGACUACACGAAUAACAAUUCCAACUAGAUCAAAUCCAUUACUUGGCUUUUAUUCUAUUAGUUAUAUGUGGUAUUCAACAAUAGCUGUUUGUACUGUUCUGACUGUUGGAAUAAUCGUAUCGUAUUUAACUCGUCCAAAUAAACAAAAGGAAAUUGAUCCAAAGUUAAUAAUACAUGUUAAUGAUCUAUGUGGUUCUUGUUUACCUAAACGAAUACGUGAAUGGUUGAGAUAUAAUGUUACAGAUGAUGUAGAUUUGGAAAAAAAGGUUCCAAAUGAUACUCAAUCAACAGCAGCAAAGGACUUGAAUACAGUUCAUGAUAUUACAAUUCAAAAAAUAUUUGAUACAAAUAUAAGAACUAUAUCUUCAUUGGAUGUUGUAAUAAAACGAACAAUAGAUGGUGCUUAUGAUAAUCCAGCAAUGUUAACAAGAUUCUAA